AUGGCGGAGGAACUGGACUUGACAAACGCCCACCUGCACAGCCUAGAGAACGUGGAUGUCCACCAAGGACUGACCGUGAGCUGGCAUUCCUUGAAGGGUGUCGCCACGAUCUCGGCGAUCUCCUGCUGCUCACCGGUCUCAGCCGCGCAGGCGGUGGACCUCACGGCUAAUAGGCUCAAGGAGGUCGAUCCACGACUUCUGGCGCUAAAGGGCCUGCGCAGCCUAAACUUCCGCCAGAACCUGCUGACUGACGUGUCGGCAUGGGACAGCUGCAGCUGCAAGGGGACGCUGGAAGACCUGGAAUUUCGCGACAACCAGCUGACGCAGAUCCCGCCUUUGAACGGCUUUGUGGCACUCAGGCGGCUCGAGUUCUCAUACAAUGAGAUUCGGUCGUUGGAGCCGGUCGCGUCCCUCUCGUGCGCGCCCCUGCGUGAGCUCUACGUUGCGGCCAACAAGAUAACCGCCAUCGCGGGCCUGUCCAGCCUGACGGCCCUCACGGUGCUGGAGCUGGGCAGCAACCGCAUCCGGCAGGUGGAGGGGCUGGAGGCGCAGGGGGCGCUGGUGGAGCUGUGGCUGGGGCGCAACCGGCUGGAGAGGGUGCAGGGCCUGGGACACCUGACCAACCUGGUGCGGCUGUCGCUGCAGAGCAACAGGCUGGACUCAAUGCUGGGCCUCGAGGGCUGCACCUCCCUCGAGGAGCUGUACCUCUCCCACAACGGCAUACUGAAGCUUAAGGGGCUCGACACGCUCACACGCCUGAAGGUCUUGGACGUGUCCAGCAACCGCCUGACCGCGGUGGAUAACCUCGGAUCGCUCUCCCGCCUCGAGGACCUGUGGCUCAAUGACAACCAGAUUCCAACCUUGGACGGCCUGGACACCGCGCUGGCCAGCCAGAGGGAGUCCCUCACGACGGUUUACCUUCACGGCAACCCGGCGGCGGGCGACCCGCGGUACAAGGAGAAGCUUCUCGCGCUGCUGCCGCGGCUGGCGCAGCUGGACGACAAGGUGCUGCCCAGCAAGACGUGA